CUCACUCCCUCUCUCCUCCCGUAUUUCCGUAACCACUCUGAGUCGCGCGUGCAGGUCAUUAUUUCCGCAGAGGAGAAGAGGGAGAAAGCUGCAGGUUGUCUCGUGCACCUUAGCGCGGCUUUAAUUGGACUUUUUAACCCGGGACAGGACCGGAAGUCUUCCCCUCGGUCCGCAGCUGCAGGACCCGGCUGGUAAAGAAGAUGAUGAAGAUGAUGAUAAUAAUAACGAUGAAGAAGAAGAAGAGCGUGCUUCUUCCACCGCUGCGCGCGCUCUGAUACUAAGAUGCCACCGGGCCCCGGAGCUCGCUUUGACGCGGCUCGGAUCGAGAAUAACCCGGGAUAAUAGGCUAACCCGGGAUAAUAAUAACACACAGACGCAACAAACAACGCCACAAAAAGUCAAAGAUAAAGCAGAAUCCAGGAACCAACCAGGAGGAAGAACACGGGCACGUGCAGAGGAGAGACAGGUGGGCAGUGAUGCUGCUGUCAGCGCUGCUGCUGGUGCUGCUACUGGCCGCGGGACGCUGCACUGCUGCCGCUGCCUUGCUCCGACGCUCAGGCAGCUGGGCAGAUGGGCGCAGCGGGAUGGAGCCUGGCGGACGAUACCCCAAGACCAGGCCGGAGGGGGCGGGACUCAAUGGACCCCUGCUACACGGACCGGAGGGACAUGCCAGAGAUUCACGACACAAGGAGAGAUUCAUCAAACACCUGACAGGUCCGCUUUCCUUCAGCCCAAAGUGUAGGAAACAUUUCCACCGACUCUACCACAACACCAGAGACUGCACCACCCCUGCAUAUUAUAAGAGAUGUGCUCGUCUGCUGACUCGCCUGGCCAGCAGCCCUCGCUGUACAGAGAGAUGAUCACAAGCCAUGUUUCCGAUGUCCGUCCCCCUGGCGAGCCGGAGAAGUUCUUCAGCCAAUAGGAACUCACCGUGAAGCCAGACCACUUCAGGAUCUUUUCUAUUUUUAUUGUUUUUGUAUUUUCUGCCUACAGACGACUUAACAUCUCAUCUCUGGACUCAAACUCUCACCUUCAGAUGGAGAUAACGGAAAGGAUUUCUAGUUUUCUGAAGCGAACUAACUAACAAAGUUGCGGGAUUUAUUUUCUGGCAACAAUGCGGAGUACCGCUGCGUCAGAACAUGGAGUACUUCUCUGUCAGAACGCGGAGUACUUCUCUGUCAGAACGCGGAGUACCGCUGCGGCAGAACGCGGAGUACUUCUCUGUCAGAACGCGGAGUACUUCUCUGUCAGAACGCGGAGUACCGCUGCGGCAGAACGCGGAGUACUUCUCUGUCAGAACACGGAGUACUUCUCUGUCAGAACGCGGAGUACCGCUGCGGCAGAACGCGGAGUACUUCUCUGUCAGAACGCGGAGUACUUCUCCGUCAGAACGCAGAGUACCGCUGCGGCAGAACGUGGAGUACUUCUCUGUCAGAACGCGGAGUACCGCUGCGGUAGAAAGCGGAGUACCGCUGUGUCAGAAACCAA